AUGGCCGAGCGAUUGAAGCAAAAUCCAGAUCUCAGCAUCUGCAUCAACCGUGAAGGAGGCCUCUGCCGUCUGUGGAGGAAGGUUCACAAACAGUCCGAAAGCCAAGAAACCGCAGGGCAUGCCAUGCCCUGGCCACACUGCUGGUGGGCGACACAUCCCAUGGGCUGGACUUGGGCGGCGCAUCCCUGGCAUGAGUACACGGGGAACGCUGGGCAGCACAAUGCUCAAGCCCAGGCAGAGCGAGGCCACAUUGCCAGGGAGAUCUGGAUCACAGCUGGAGAUUUUUUUGAAAGCUUCUGUGAGGAUUUGAGGUCUUGGUUUGCGGAUGUUUGCGGGCCGGCUGCCAGUGCAUCUCACUGCCACUCACUGCUGAACAAAUUACACAUGCGUCAGCAGCUGUUUUCGGGACUUUGUGGAGCAUUGACAGCGGCAUGCUCCUGGGAGAUUGCGCAGGGUUAUUCGCACAGAGCCUGGCAGGGGCUGAAAUACAUGUGCUGGUGUUUGAGGACGGCUUCCGAGACUUCCCAGCCGGUUCUGAACCAGUGGAUAUGA